AACACUUAUCACAACCAUGCAAGGAACCAGAGUGUUGUUAUUAAUUAGUUUAAUUAAGUUUGUUUAUGGAUGUGAACCAUUUGUAUACCAUGACCAGAGCUCCUACUGCAACGCUGAUUAUGCGUUCAGCGGCAUCGUUCAAGAUUCACAAGAAACAGACAAGGAGUCCAUUUUUCAAGUUCAAGUAACAUCAAAUAUUAAGGGCCAAGUAGCUUACAAGGGAGGAAUAAUAACAGUCUAUGGUAGAGGGAGGAUGAAUUCUUGCGGACCUACAUGGCUAAGACUCAACAAGGAAUACAUCUUAUAUGUUUCCAUUGACGACGAGUUAACCAACAAACUACAAAUUACUGAGCCACACGAAUUCAACCAGACCAUUAUAAACAGGAUAAAGAGUUACGACUGCUAUUGUAAAGUCGAGAUCAACCUUCCACAACAAUCAAUUCCUGACAGUAGCAUCCCUGCCAGAGAAAAAUGUGUGAUCACAGAGCGAGAAUGGGACUGUACAUUCCAAAAUGGAUACUGCGCACGAACUCGCUGUAGAGGACAAUCACGUUGUGGAUCUGGCGAGUGUCAGUGGUUUCCAGGUGUGUCCAUUUGCUGAAUGUUGUAGGAGAUUUAGAACUUAAAGCGUGAUUGUGACAAAAUA